AUGGUGACGACCUGCCGGUGGGCCGUAGGGAGGUGGGAGGAGGACCUGCGGCGCCAGCUUGGUGGCCUUGGAGUGGGCAACAAGACUUGGUGGUCCCUUGUUAAGGGCAAACAGGGUCUCAACCGUCAGGACACUGUCCCUCCUCUCACAAGGCCCGACGGAACGGUGGCCACCAGCAGCAAGGACAAGGCCCAGCUGCUGGCCACCCUUUUCGCCAGGAAGAUGGAGGUGGACGACCCUGAAAGGUCACCGCCUCUUCUGGAGCAGCAGUGCAGAGACACUGUCACCAAGGUGGAGGUGACGCAGGGGCUUGUCGAGCGCCUGCUUCUUCUCUGUCUGCUUACGGGAAAAUACCUGGCCCUUAGUGUGGAAAGAGGCCCGGGUAGUUUCGUACACAAGAGGAGCUCCAGAUCUGACCGAAAAAAUUUUCGACCCAUCUCCUUGACCGCUGUGGUGGGGAAAGUGUUCGAGAGGGUGGUGGCAGAUGUGGUGUGUCGCCACCUCCAGGACAAUUACCUCCUCCCGGACCAACAGUUUGGGCUCAGACCUGGGCGGUCCACCUCCGAUCUCCUCAUGGUCCUCACCGGGGGCUGGCAUGACGCCCUUGACGGCGGCCUCGACACUGUUGUGGUGGCCCUGGAUAUAACGGGCGCCUUCGACAGGGUCUGGCAUGGAGGCCUUCUGGAAAAUCUGAGGGCAAAGAGGAUCCAGGGUGACCUCCUUCAGCUCCUUGGCGACUACCUCCAAGGAAGAACCCUCCAGGUCGUUGUCAAUGGGCAAGCGUCCGAGGCCCUCCUGGUGAGAGCAUCAGUGCCACAGGGCUCGGUGCCAGUCUUGUGGAACACCUACGUGGACGAUCUUCUCCGACAGCUACCGGCGGUCUCAGCUUAUGCUGACGAUUGCACUCUCUCCUGUACCUACCCUCGACACGAAAGUGUGCCUACUUCUGAAGAGAUCAAUCAGGAGCUUGGGUCCGUCAAGAUUCUGGGGGUUGAGGUGGAUCGAGGGCUGCGGUUUGACCGCCACAUCAAACACAUUGCCCUUAAGGCCUCCCACCGAGUCUCCUCCUUGAGGAGGGUGGCCAGCUUGCUCGACAGGAGAGGGAGCAAGCUCGACGGCAUCCAGCGACGGGCGCUGCGACUGGUAGAAGCAGCAGGUGCCCCAGCCCAUCAUGAGGCUCCCGUCGACACGGUAGAGCACCGCAGGGACGUGGCGGCUUUUGUGGUGCUCCACAAGACACAGGUGCAGGGUCUGCCACAUCUGGUGGGACUACGGCUGCCCCCCGCAGCCAGAGUCACCUCGCGGGACACAAGAACGGUGUUAUCCAGUGGUGACUCAGUGGAAGUGCCGCGUUCCCGCUCCAGCCAACACCAGCGCACCUUUAGGGGGCGAGUCUCCAGAAUGUGGAAUGUCUUUGCGUCCUCCGUCCCUCAUAUCAGGGGGAUGGAUACCCAGGACGUGAAGUUAGCAGCACACCACUGUAGGGGCUCGUUCCCAACGCCCCUACUAACAAUAUUAGCAUAA